AUGGGAGCAAAAAUUCCUGGGGUGUGGAAUACAUGCUCCGGAGGCUCUUCUGUUGCAAAGAGGCGAGUCACGGGCCCUUCCCCUGUCCCCGCAGCUAUCCUGGGCAUGCACACGCUCAUGAGCAACCAGCAGUAUUACCAGGCCUUGGGCAGCAGCUCCAUCGUGAACAAGGAGGGACUCAACAGCGUGAUCAAACCGACACAGUACAAGCCUGUGCCCGAUGAAGAGCCAAAUUCAACAGACGUUGAGGAAACCCUGGAGCGGAUAAAGAACAAUGACCCCAAACUUGAGGAGGUUAACCUCAACAAUAUCCGGAAUAUCCCCAUACCCACUCUCAAGGCGUAUGCAGAAGCCCUGAAAGAUAACUCAUAUGUGAAGAAGUUCAGCAUCGUGGGAACACGGAGCAAUGACCCUGUGGCGCAUGCCCUUGCGGAGAUGCUCAAGGUAAAUAAGGUGCUGAAGACACUGAACGUGGAAUCCAACUUCAUUUCCGGAGCCGGGAUCCUGCACCUGGUGGAAGCUCUUCCAUACAACACUUCUCUAGUGGAACUGAAAAUCGAUAACCAGGUUAGAUGCACAAGGGUCUUUUCGUGUCCUUCACUACAGGAUGCUCACGGUUCUGCACUUGCCCAUGUACUGAUGGAUGGAUGGCUGCUGCUGCAUCACCCAUUCCCACUCUUUCGGCCGCUGCUGAUCCUGCUUUCUGGCAGGCAGGAGGGGCAGAUCCACUGGAACGAAGGCAUGUGGCAGGCUUAA